CGGGCGCUCACUUCCGCCGGACGUGAGGCCCCGGGGCGGAUGGCGGAGACGCGGAGGCCGCGGCUGAGGCUGAGCCGCCGGAGGCCGCCGCCGGGGGGCGGCAGCCGUUCCGAGACCCUCCUCGGGGGCGGCGGCGAGUCCGCGGGGCCGUGGGCGGAGCUGCUGCGCGCAGCGCGCGCGGAUCUGAAUCCAGACGGGGAGCUGCCUCCGCUGCCCGCGUUCCUCCGCCAGGAGUCCGGCCAGCGCCCGGAGCCUGCCGCGCCCCCCGAGGCCUUCACCGUCGGGCUCGAGACCUUCUCCUGGACGCCCUUCCCGCCGGCGCCGAGGGGAGGCGGGGGCCUUGGCCACUCUCGUCACGUGCUCCGUGGGGCCGGGGGACUUCCGGGGUCCCCCGCCCGGUCCCCGCGGCAGUGCCUUGCCCCCAAGCUCCCCAGCACCCAGGAGCAGCGGUUGGUGGAUGGGGCUCAGAUCCUGCGGAGCUGCCCCAUGUGCCAGGCUGACUUCGCCCCCGGGCUGGCGCAGCUGGACAUCGACAGCCACCUAGCACAAUGCUUGGAGGAAAGCACAGAGGAUGUGGUGUGGUGACCCAGCCGGUGCAGAGGCCCAGCAACGCCCCGCAGCCCCCACCCCGGCCAGAACCACCUGCACUCGGGGCUGCCUAUGAAAACGUAUCGGCUGACCUGCCGCAUCAUGUCUCUGUGCUGAGACCCAAAUAUUUGGUUCUUUCUCCUCUAGGCAGAGCGUUGCCCUGUGGUCAGGGCACCAACAGUGCCCGGCAG